AUGAGUGAAGACAAUGAACAAUCUGGAUCUUUGUCAAGUAAUCAAUCUCAAGAACUCUCUAGCCAAGAGUCAAAAAGUUCUUCUGAGGAGUUUGGAGGAUUGGAACUGUUUAAUAGUGAUGGUUUUGAUCCAAAUGACUAUGAUGAUUAUGAACUUACAGUUAUUUACCAUAAUACCAUCUGUGAUCUUUUUGAACAAAUGAAAGAGUUCAAAACUCUGUAUGAUGAAAAACUUAAAAACUACCAAGAAAUGUUAAGACAUUCUACUCAAAAUGAAACCAAAUUAAAGCAACACGUUAGUCAGGCACAAGAAAUUAUUAAAGAACUUAAAGAGGGAUAUGACAAAAGUUCAAAAAGUUUCAAUGAAAUUACUGAAGCGUACCAAAAUGAACAAAUUGCUCAUAAUAAAACAUUACAAGAAUUAAAUGAAUUGAGAUUAGCACAAAAAACUAUGUGCAGUAAUAUGACAAUGUGUGCAGCAGUAGAAAUUGUUAUAAAAAAUGGUAAAGUUACUGGUCUUAAUAUGAAAGAAAGUUUAGAUGCCACAAGAGAUGAUGCAAUGAUGCAAUUAAAUUUAAUGACUCGUAAAGUAGAUGAGUUAAGAAGAGAGUUAACUGCAACAAAAGUAGAAACAACUAAAAUUAAUGAAGAAGUUGAAAAAGAAAGAAAAAAUUCGCAAGAGCUUAUGCGAAAAAUUGAAUUAAUGAAGACUGAAAGUAUUAAUCUACAAAAUGAUAUUAAAUUAAAAGAUAAUGAAAUAGAAGAACUUAAGAAAAAGAUAGAAGAAGAUAAUUCUCGUCAAAAAAAAAUUAUGUCAAGUAGAGAACAAAAAAUACGGUCUAUUAUUGAAAAAAAUAAACCUCUUAGAACUAAUAGAAGAUUGGAUAGACCACAAUUAAUUUCUAGUAUAAUUAGUGAUAUUGUAAAAACAGAUGAUAAAACAAUACAAAAUACUACAGAAGGACUUGACAACCCACUUGCUCCUAAACAAAUUCAAAAGUCAAAUAGAAAUUCUUGUACUCCAAUAAUUGAAAAAAGUGAUUCAUUAUCAACUGUUCUAAAUGAUACAAAUAAUGGUAUAUUUUCUAAAUCAAGUAGUUCAUGUAUUAACCCAUUAAAUGCUUUAAGUAGUAAUACCUCUUCUGGAACUUAUUCAUCAACACCCCAUCCUCCACUUAAUUCAUUAUUAUCUCAAACAGAUAGUAAAUCAAAAAUAUUUAAAGGAAGGAAGUCUUCAUCAAAAUUAUUAAGUGGUGUUUUAGACUCAACGAAUAGUGAUGUAAUAUUAAGUGAUAGAAAUAUAAGUGAUGUAGGAAUAAUAGAAGAUGGGAUUGUUAUCGUUUAUACCACACAAGAAGGAAGUCAAGAAGUGUCAUUACUAAAACAUAAAACAUUCGUACCUGAAUUUUCCUUAGACAUUGAUGUAAAAUAUUCAACACAAACUUCAUUUGGAUUUUGUGUUGCUAGUAAUAAUAGUAUUGUUUUACUUUCUAGAGUUAAUAAAACAUAUGAAAUUGAAGGAAUUACAAAUAUUGGACAGAGUCAAAAGGGAAUAUUGGUAUUAAAUGAAUCUGGAGAAUUAACCGAAAUAGUAAAUGAUAAUAAAAAAUUGAUUGAUACAUUACCAUGUAAAGUUGAUGGUAAUAUAUUUAUGGUUGAUGACCUUAUUAUAUUCAAAGAUAAAGAAGAUAGGCUAGUUACUUAUUUACCUAAAUUAAAGAAUAUUUGUUAUUGUGACCACUUUGUCAAACAAGUUAUUGUAGUAAAUCACUUGAUUUAUGCAAUUGAUAAAGAAAAUCCGAAUAAAAUAUAUAUUUAUAACCUUAACCUUACAAUGAAAUUAAAUAAAUUAAUACAAAGUAAUAUUGAACGUAUUUGUAAUUUUGGUGAAUUUAUUGUUGCUGUUUGUGCUAAUUCUGCUUUUGUUGUUAAUGAAAAAACAGUUAAACCUUUAAUUAGUCUUUCUCAUGAAACUUCAAUUAUUACCAUUACAUUUAGUAUAUACGAUAAAAAAGUUUAUAUAAUUGUAGUUACAAACAACCAACUUUUAAAAAUGCAAACUGAUCUUCGUGUUCAUGAACUUAAAGACUACAAAGACAAUAAACAUAAUCCUCAAUGCAGUCUUUGCUCUAAACCUAUGAAAAAAGGAAAAAAAUGUAAAAGAUGUGGUAUUUGCUUUGAUAUUGAAUGUGCUAAAACUUAUGCCGGUCAGAUAGAGUCUUGGUUCAUUCCUUGUCUCGAACAAAAUUAA